CGGGCGGGCGGGCCCGGGCAGCCGGACAGAGGCGCUCGGCUCAGCUCGGCGGAGACGCGGCGCGGACUGGAUGGAGAGCUUUGGUCUAUGUGAAUUAUGAGGUCCUACUCCAGUGGUUUCCGGCAGCAGCAGCAGCAGCACAAGCACUGUGCAACCCCCCCCAAGCUUGUAACACAGGAGACCCCAAAGAACACUCCGAAUGCAAAGGCUGGGUCCUAUGGAGUCAGCAUCCGGGUCCAAGGGAUCGAUGGCCAUCCGUAUAUUGUGCUCAACAACACCGAGGGAUGCUUGUCAGCAAAUCCUGCGGGGCCUGAAAAUGGCCAGCCAGUUGCAUCCAAGGCAGCUGAUAGGCCAGUGCCAGACUUGCCUCUUCCUGCUGUUGAGCUGGAGAAGAAAAACCACAAAGAAAGACCAUCGGGAGGGUCUUGCAAUAAUGUGCCACCCAGUCGGAUUAUAAGCCUGAAGCAAGCCAGCAUGGAUGAGGGAAAGAAAACAACCUCACCUUUCAAAGCUGGGAUUUCCCAGUCCUCUAAUCUGCUGAACUUCCAGAGAUAUCCAGAGCUUCUUCAGCCCUAUAAUCCUGCAAAUAAUAUCUUGAAUCUGGAGGGCCUUCAGCCUCCUCUGUUUAGUAAAUCCCAGUCUCUUGAGGAUGAGGGGAAAUUGAAUUCCAAGCCUUGGAACUCAUCCUUGAAGGUAGCAUUAGAUGUCUCAGCCCCCCAGUUUGCAGAAUUGGCUAAAUCAAAACCAAAAACAGUAGAUUUGACCAAGCCCAACCCAAGCAAGCAGCAAUUGGAAUGCACCAGUGUUGCUGACAGUCCUAAUGGAAUGCAUGAAUCUCUUUCUUCUGGUGGUGGAUCUUCAUGUGCUGUAAGUUCUUCUGUCUCCCAAGAUACUAGGAAAUGUAGACCUGACCUCCUUCCUUUACGCCAAGAUUCAGCAGGAGCAGUUCUGAAUGGUUCACAGAAAUCUUCAUCUUCAUCAACAACUCCAACUUCUGCAGCAUCCUUGUAUAAGUUUUUCCUAGAUGACCAAGAAUAUGCCAUCUAUGCUGACAACGUUAACCGGCAUGAAAAUCGGCGUUACAUCCCAUUUUUGCCUGGAACUGGCCGUGAUAUUGAUACUGGCUCCAUUCCUGCAGUUGAUCAGCUUAUUGAAAAGUUUGACAGGAAGGUGUGUUCCCAAAGAAGGGGAAGAUUAGGGUUCAGGAAUAGAAUUCAUCCAGAGGAUCAUAAACGAGCAAAGAGCGUAGACAGUGCCCUAUCUUAUGGACCGAAAGUGAAUUCUGAUCGCAUAAACGAGUUCACUAAAAGUUUGGGAAUGUCAUCAGAGCAUUUGGUCCAGCCCUCCCAGGUUUGCCUUCAGAAGCCGUUGUCUCCAGAGCAAAAGUCGGCAUCUCUUGGAGAGCGGGCGGCCCCUUGGACAGCAGGCAAGCACCAAGCGACAGCAGGAAUGAGAGAUUCUCCCAGCAGCCACUUUCAUUCUUUGCAGCAUCUCAGGCAAAGCCAAACAAACCCUGAGAGUUCAUCUUCGACGUCUUCCAUUCUUCCAGGGCAGAAUAGAAAAAGUGACAAUAAAACGAUGGUCUCUACUCUCUUGUUACCAAACUGCGCUGCCAGUCAGAACCUUUCUGUGGAAACAUUUGCUUCUGCUUCGAAAAGUGCUCAGGUAACGCCUGACCUGCUCAAGGGCCAGCAGGAACUUGCCCAGCAAACCAGUGAAGAGACGGCCAAGCAGAUUCUCUACAACUAUCUCAAGGAAGGUAGCAGUGAAAACGAAGAUGCAACGAAGAGGAAAGUCAACUUAGUAUUUGAGAAAAUACAGACUUUGAAGUCCAGAGCAGCUGGGAGCCCCCAGGCAUCUGAUGCUUCAGUGGAAAUCAAAAUGCUGGUGGAAGAGAAAAAGCAGUUGGCAAAGGAGUUUUCUAUGCUACAGAGGAAGCUGGACUUGGAACUCAAGAAUCAGCAAAAUGUCAAAGCAGAAAGACAGGCAAUGGAAGCAGAGCUUCGGGAGCUUCAGCGACAGCUUGAAGAAAACAUGGAGGAGAAAGACGCUUUCAGGAGGCAGCUGAAAGAGAGCGAGAAAGACCUGAGAGAAAACCUGGAGGAGCUUUUCCAAGUGAAAAUGGAACGGGAGCAGCACCAGAAAGAGAUUCGGGACUUGCAGGAUCAGCUUUCCGAGAUGCACGAUGAACUGGACAGCGCAAAACUUGUGGAGGAUAACGAGAAGGAGCUGCUAAUUGAGGAAUUGGUGCAGUUGAAGCAGGACCAGCAGGAGCUCCUGAUCCUCAGAGACCAGCAAGAAGAGAUCCUGAGGCGGCGGGAGCGGGAGCUGACUGCCCUGAAGGGAGCCCUGAAGGAGGAGGUGUCCAGCCACGACCGGGAGAUGGACCGCCUCAAGGAGCAGCAUGGCAGGGAGCUGCAGACCCUGAGGGACAGCGUGGCCAAAGCCACGGAGAAAAUAGAUGCCCUGUCCAGUGCAAAGGCUAAAGCUGAGAAGAUGCAGCAGAGCCAAGAAGAUCAUGUGGUUGGGAUGACAGAGCAAAACUGCCAGCUGAGGAAGGCCCUGGUGGAGCUGGAGAAGAAGCAGGAAGAACUCCACUUGCAGCUUGAGAACUUGAGGAGGGGCAGGGACGAAGCUGAGGAAAGGCUGAGAAGGAGCAUGAAAGAGAUGCAGUCCUUGGGCCAUGCAAAGGAGGAAGCCCGUGAGCUGGCCUCAGCCAAAAUGUCUUUGGAAGCCCAGCUGGAGGAUGCCCAGAGAAACAUCAGUCGGCUGAGCCAGGAGCAGCAGCAGCUGAUGGUCUGCCUGAACGAUGAAGCUUCCCAGAAGGAUGAGCUUCGGAAGAUGAAGAGUGGAUUGGAGAACGAGCGACAGCAGCUGGACAAGACUGUUGAAAGGCUGCACAGGGAGAUGGCAGAAAUCAUCAAGGUGUCACAGGCAUCCACGCUGGAACUCCAGAACCAGCUUGAGGAGUACAAGGAGAAGAACUGGCAGGAGCUGGUAAAUUCCCAGCGGCAGCUGAAGGAGAAAACCCUGGAGUUAGAAAAGACCAGCCAAACAAUCCUCAAAAUGCAAGAGGAGGCACAUUUUGUGGAAGAAGAAUUACAGGGUCACAAAAAAGCCCUGGAAGAAGCUCUUACAAAAACUCAGCUUCUGGAACACACUGUGAAGACCUUGGAAUAUGAACUGGAAACCAAGAACCAGUUGAAAGAAGAUCGGGCAAGACAGGCCAAGAUCAUGGAGGACAAAAUAUCCCAGCUGGAGCUGGAGCUUGAAGAAGAACAGAACAGCUCCGAUAUCCUGUCUGAGAGGGUUCUCAGGUGCAGGGAGCAGAUUGAGCAAAUGAGGAGUGAACUCCUUCAGGAAAGGGCAUUGAGGCAAGAUCUGGAGUGCGACAAGGUCGCCCUGGAAAGACAGAACAAGGACCUGAAAAGCCGGAUCCUUCACCUCGAAGGCUCUUACAAAUCCAGCAAGGAAGGCCUCCUUGUGCAGAUGGAAGCCCAGAUUGUGGAACUGGAGGAGCGGUUGGAGAGAGAGGAGAGGGACCGAGCUCACCUCCAGGUGACUAACCGCCGACUGGAGAGGACUGUGAAGGAGCUCCUGAUGCAGGUGGACGACGAGCAUCUCUCCCUGACAGACCAGAAGGACCAGCUCAGCUUGCGCCUGAAGGCGAUGAAGCGGCAGGUGGAGGAGGCUGAAGAAGAAAUAGACCAGCUGGAGAGCACCAAGAAGAAACUUCAGAGGGAGCUGGAAGAGCAGGUGGAUGCGAACGACCAGCUGCAGCGGCAGCUGAACGCCAUCAGGCAGGACCUCAGACGCAAGAAGACUUCGAGUAAACUGCUAAGUGACUUUGACUGUGAGGACGAUGAUCUCAGCACUGACGGGGAGAGCCUUUACGACGCCCCGCUGGGAUUUAGGUCCUUAAAGCAAAGCUAAAAAGGAAGCCGGUUGCGGAUGCUCCACCUUCACCGUUGGAAGUCCAGGCUCUGCGGAAUUGAGAAGCCAUUGGCAGCAGGAGUAUUAGCGUCGGGUGGAUUUUACUCAUUUUUCUGAAAUGUGCCGUGUUCAGAUUUAGUUCAGGAAUAAACAUUUGCGAACAAAAGGGAGCAGUCCGGCGAUCCAAAGGCGCCUCCGGCUCUGGUGACGAGUGCCCCGCCAGAACGGGCUGCUCCUCGGCCCGACUUUGAGGAGGUCGGCAUUCUGCUCUGGGGCAAGGCUUUUUCAGAGGACGGGGAGGAGGGGGAUUAGCUGGUUAUUGUGAGCCGAGGAAGGAACGUGCAAAGCAGGAGGUACGAAUGUAUGUAUUUCCAAACGAGAGUCUUUUGCUCCUCUUGCGACAUUUUGGUAUAAUUUCAUGUUUCUAUAGAGCACAUCAGUAGUGUGGAAAUCUACAUUCAGUGUCACAUUGUUUAUAAGCUGUAAGACCCUGUUAAAUUCCAUUUGUUCAGCUAACGUGCUUUAUGGUCUGAAGGAGAGGAGGGUGACCUUGGAAAGAUCAAAAAAGCAGGACCUUCUACAACAUUGGGAGCAAUUUCUGGUCAGAAAACUUGUUUCCCCUCCCAGCCUUAGCAGCUCCCUUAGUUUCAGAGGGUGUGUGGGGAGCUUGCUCUCACUUCCGCAGAUCAAUGGAGAGACCGUCGACGUUUGCACCUGAUCCUGCACUGCCGUAGCGAAGGAAGGCACCUUUGCUCCCAGGUGGUGAUCUGAAUUCCCCGUGGCCUCAGCAGGAAGUGCAGUAGCCAUUCCUGAGCCCUUCUGCCUUUCCAGAAAAGUUUUCUUUUUCUCAGUGGGAACUCUCUUUUCCACUGGCCCAAAGUUUGGCCCAACACUCAAAGGGCCUGGAGCCUUCUGGGAAGGUAUCAGCCUUAGCUCGAGAAAAGCUGGCUGGACUUGCCUGCUCGAGCCAAGGGCCACGUUUUGGUCGAAGCCGUUUAUGUUCCCAGCCGAGGCGUGCUGCUUUUUCCUUCACCGAUCAUUACAUCUGGAUGUAAUGUGGAUUAUAAAGGACUGUCCAACGAGCAUAUGAGAAAAAGCAUUUCCGUUUUCCCUUGGGACCCUCUUGUUUCCUGGUUUUAGCUGUGGGUACCUGUAAAUGGCAUUUGAGUACAUUGGAAGAACUUUGGGGUAUUUGCAAAAGUUUCUAUUGUAAUCUGCUUUUUUAUCUUUUCACCAAAUCUUUGCUCUAUGGGAACAAUCUGAUCCUCAGAUUAAUGAGGAAAUAACAGCAUAGGCAGCUCUAUGUAAUUGUCCUAUUCUACAGCUUUGUUGGUUAAAGUGUUGAAUUAAGAAUUGGUUAGCACCAAAUAUGAGUGUUUCUCAGAGACAGCAUUGAGGAUAUUGAAUUUCAGUAUAAAAAUAAAUCCUGGAAGCUGUACAAUCCACUAAUUUCUGCAGGGUCCACUGUGGACCUUGUAAAGGGAGAAUGCAGUCACAUGAAAAAAAUAAUGUUCCUAAAAAGAUUUGGCAUCUGUACUUUGAGGGUGCUUGGUGUGUGAGUGGAACCUUAAGUAGGACCCGGUUUGACCCCCAAAAACAUGUUUUGGGCUUUAGAUCCAAACACGCAAUUAUUUCCAUUGGACACACCAACAAUUGCCUUCACUCCACCACCUGCCUCCAAAGUCCAAGUGCCACUUAGUGGGAGCCGAGGCCAUAGAUAAAGGGAACGAGGGAAGGGAAACCCAGAAUUUUCAUUUGGGCUUCGUGUGCGUGUCUGCAUACACAUCCCAAAUGCAAUGCAAAACAUCCUGACUCCCGACUGACCAGUUCGUGGAAGUACGGCAGCAGCACUGGGAUUAGCUGGUCUCCGUUGCAGUUGGAUGCUGACUGUGGUGGCCAUGGCUUUUUGGGGUGGGCCGAUGCGUAAAGAAUCUUUGUGUUGCCAUGAGAUUUGGAAAAAAAAGUUCUGCCGGCCUGCUGAGGUCAGCCUGAGGAAGAUUUUUGCUUGGCAGAAGACCCCGGUGGAAACCCCCCCCCCAUCUGUGUGCUGAAGGCCCCUGGUUCAGCCCUGCCAUCCCAGAGGGGGUGGAAGAGCCUUUGUUGAAAAGUAGGAGGCAAGUCAACCAGGCGAGCUGCCCAUGUUCCUACAGGGAAGGGGCGUUGCUUCAGUUUUAUAGAACACAUUAACGGUAGCCACGAUGGAACCACGGAAGAUAACCUAAAGGAUUGGAACUUCUUGCUAGGCCGUUUCUGACAGUAGCAAGUAGUUGGGAGAAAUCUUGAACCCAGAUAGUGUUAUUUUCUACUCCAGCAGAAAUGGGAUCAUGAAGGAAUUUGUCCAAAUAUUAGGAUAACUUUAGAGUCUGUCUCCCACCUGGAAUAUUAAUUAACUCCUUGAUGACAUGAUUUGUAAAUAUGUCUCAAUAUAUACAGAAUUACAAAGCAUUUGAUAUCCAUGGGUAGCUAAUAGGAAUAUAUUUGUUCUGAGAUGUGCAUGAUUUUCAGCAGAUUUUCAACAGAUGAAUCCUGCAGGAGGUUUGCAGCUAAUCUGAAUGGGAUGCAUUUUGCGUUACCUUUCAAUAGCUUUUUUUUGUAAAACAAGGAAGAAAGGACCUGGACAUUUGCUGUGUUGACAAUCAGUAGAAACUCUUGUAUAUUUCUUCUGAUGCUAAAAUGCCAACUUUCUUUUAAUAUUACUCUUUAUAACUCUCCUCCUGGAUUCUACCUGGACAAGUAGAAGACAAAAAUCCAUUGGGAAACAAAUUCACUUUUAAUUUCAAGGGCUUUUGCCGAAGAAACUUCCAGUGAAAGCUGAGACUGUAACUAAUUUGGAGAAAAACCAGAAUAAUUUUUGCAGCUACCUCCAGAUAUGCUAAACCAUAAAACUCAAGUUAUUUUGAAAUAAAUUACCUGGUAAAUCUUUCUA